GUUUCUAUGCGCGGUGAAUGAUUGUUUAUUGUAGUCAGAGGCCGGUAGCUAAUAAUUUGUUAUAGUAACAUACUCAGACGCAAUUUAAAAAAAUAUGUCUUCUGAAAAUAGUGGAAUUCCCGUAACCAUUGAAUUCGGGGGUGGGGCGGAACUGCUUUUCGAUAAGAAGAAAAAACACGAGGCGAACUUACCUGGCAACGAAUGGACGAUACAGAAGCUACUCUUCUGGAUAAAAGAUAACCUCUUAAAAGAGCGACCGGAACUUUUUUUACAAGGGAAUACCGUGCGACCAGGAAUCUUAGUUCUCGUGAAUGACACUGACUGGGAGUUGUUGGGCGAAGGGAGUUACAAAUUGUGCCCCGGCGACAAGAUACUGUUCAUAUCCACGUUGCACGGAGGAUAGACGGGGGACGAGCACGAUGGCAACGAUCGACGAGGAGUGAACAGCCGCGGCUACUCUUCGAUUUCCACGGCGUGCUAUUGCAUCGCGAAGUGGCGCGUGUACGCGUGCACAGUGUCAGAGAAUAAAGCGUUCAUUCGCACG